UCCAAAAAAAAAAAAAAAAAUACCAAGUUUGCUGGUCUCCAUUUUUAAUUUCCCCGGAGAAAAGAAAAGUAUUUUACUUCCUUUCCUAUAAGCCGAAAUUAAUCAAAAACAAAUUGAAACCCGGAGCCGGCGAGAUCAGUAGAGAGGGUCGCACGGUUGGUAUCGUGCCGCAGCACGACGUCGUUUGAUAGCUCAAAACCCAUCGCCGAUGCUGCAGAAGAAGAAUCCUAGCCUGAGCUGAGAAUCGAAUUUCUUGAGAAAUGGCAGGGAAGAUGAAGAGGAGCGAGGCCAGCAGCAGCAGCCGAAGCAGCAACAACAACAGUAACCACAGAGCCGAAACCGUCGUCGUCGAUUACGGCAAGAACAAAAGCACCUGCGGCUACUGCAAAUCCAAAGCUCGCACCAGCAUCUCUCACGGUCUGUGGGCGCAGAGCGUUACGAUUAAUGACUAUCAAGAUCUUCUUGACCGGGGUUGGAGAAGAUCUGGUUGUUUCCUUUACAAACCGGAGAUGGACAAAACGUGCUGCCCUGCUUAUACUAUUCGUUUGAAAGCUGCUGAUUUUGUUGCUUCGAAAGAGCAGCUUCGGGUGACUAGACGAAUGCAGAGGUUUUUAGGUGGUGCCUUGGAAUGUAAACGGCCAGGGGAGUCUACAGAGGGUCCAAAUGCGUCCAAGGAUACACGUGGCCAGACCCCCCUUGGAGUUUCAAGCUCAGCUCCCAACAACAGUGGAGAGAAAGAUGGGGAAGAGAAAAUUAUGAAUUACUUGUCAGAUCAAGUUGAUAAAGCAAUUUGUUCAUGCUCAGAAAGAGGGGAGCUUCCUGACAUUCAAUCUCCAAAAGCUUCUGUUAAAAAGGUUUUGCAAGCCAAAAGAAAGCUAUUAGCUGAAGGGUCUGAAGAUCUCUUAUACUCCAGCAAUAUUGCAUUUCAACUAGCGGCUGCUAUAAGACGGUGUCUACCAGAAUAUAAGGAAUCCCACAAGGGAAGACAAUCGGGACACAUUGCAGAGGAGAAUGGGUUGUCUCCAAAACUCAUUGCUGAAAAGCUAGAAAGUUCAUUAAAUCAGUUGGGGAACACUUCUGGUCUAUCAGUAAAGGCUUGCAAUGGUCACUUAAAUUUUUAUUCUGCCACGAAACCUGCUCCCUCACAUGGAAGUGCUCAAAUCGUUAGCAACUCCAACAGAUCUGCUUCCAGGUCGGAAAGUAAAGGCUGCAGUUUGAAAAAUAACUCUGAAUAUACUCAGGUGAAGAGGCAGAGGCUUGAGAUUCGUCUUAAAAGGUCCAGUUUUGAUUCAGAAGAGUAUGCCUUAUAUAGAAGAUAUCAAAUGAUGGUGCAUAAUGAUACCCCUGACCAUGUUGCAGAAGGCUCAUAUAGGAGGUUCUUAGUUGAUACUCCCUUAAUAUAUAUUCCCCCAACUAAUGAUGGUACAGUUCCCCCAUGUGGCUUUGGCUCUUUCCAUCAGCAAUAUGUAAUUGAUGGCAAACUUGUUGCAGUUGGUGUUAUAGACAUUCUUCCUAAAUGUUUGUCCAGUAAAUAUUUAUUCUGGGAUCCAGACUUUGCGUUCCUAUCACUAGGGAAGUAUUCAGCACUGCAAGAAAUAAAUUGGGUGAAAGAGAAUCAACUCCUUUGCCCUACUCUUCAAUAUUAUUAUCUUGGUUACUACAUCCACUCCUGCAGUAAGAUGAGAUAUAAGGCAGCGUAUCGCCCGUCCGAGCUACUGUGCCCUCUUCGUUACCGGUGGGUUGCUUUUGAUAUUUCCAAGCCUUUGCUUGAUACAAACAAGUAUGCUGUUUUAUCAGAUUGGACCAUCUCUCAAGAUAGGGACUCCUCAUCACUUGAUGUUUCUGAAGAUGUCAUGGAAAUACAAUAUGAUGACAUUGGCCAAGAUAGUGAGGUUCUUAUGUAUGAUGAAGGGAUGAUUGAGCCUGAAUAUGAAAGCUCUGACAAUGAACCACAUCUGGCAUAUGUUGAUGUAGAAAAUGGAGAUGCCGGUAACGUUUUAAUCGGGUUGAACGGAUCUCGUGUGAGAUUCAAGGAUAUAAAGCAAGCUUUUGUUCCCACAGAACGAAGUUACUUGGAAUCCCAGUUGAGUAGAUACACAGAAGUUGUAGGUGAAGAGCUCGCUGAACGAAUGGUUUAUUCAAUUGAGCCCUAAAUGGCUUUCAUCACAAAUGAAAGAUUUAUGAAUUGCAAUUGGAAGUGAAUAUUCUGGCCUAGACCCGAGUCAAUAUCCGAUCAUUUUAGCGGGGGAUAAAAGUGAGAACUAGUAUACACGUUCCUGACACCCAGAUUCAUCUUGAAGUUUGUUUGUUUCUUGAUGUUCAAGAUUUUGUUCAACUGAAUCGGUUUCUGGUUGAAAAUUACAUAUUUGCUGGGUACAUGACAGCUUUGUAAAUUUGAAAUAGAGAGUUGCUUUGCCUU